UAUUUAUUAACCUUAUACAAAGCAUACAAAGUACAAUAAACGGGAAAAAAAUGAUUCACUGCCUUUAAAGCAGCAUCAAUUCUCCUAGGUACAUUUGCUCAGUUUUCAAGGUACUUGAGAGGUCGAUUAUUCCAAGUAUCUCAGAAAAUUUGCCAUAGUUCAGUGUUAUCUGCCUCUUCGUGUAAUCCAAGACCAACUCAAUGAUGUUCAGAUCUCUGUGGGGACCAUACCAUCGUUUGCAGGACACCUUGUUCUUCUUGUCAUUGAAUAUAUUUCUUAAUAACUCUGGCUCUAUGAUUGGGAUUGGGAUUGUUGUCACACUGCAGAUGUCUCCUGGACAAGAAUCUAAACAUUCAAUUGCCUAAGCCUUUGGCAUAGUACUGUAUACAAAUGUUUUAUAAUUUACUGUACAACAACUUAUAGAAGUGGAAUAUAACCAUUCAUCAGGUGCAACAUUAUAAUUAGUACUACAAAAACAACCUCCACAUCACAUAAAAGAAAUGAAGAGAAAAACAAUGAAAACAAAGAUCUAAUGUUGCCUAUUAACAUAAUAUAGCAAUUAUACAAUAUUUUACUUCAUUAAUAAAGAUUUUUUUGUAUGACAGUUUCUCAUACUGCCGCUGUGCUUUUAUUUUGAAAACGGCUUUGUCUUAGGACUUCCCCCAGUCUCGUGCAGCAGCAACGGUUUGUGCUAGCUGACGGACCCGCACGGUUUGUGCCUUCGUGUGGGUUUCACCUCAGUCACUGUCGUAGGGGGCCCCGGCCCGGUGUCCGACUGGCCACAGCUGCCGAGAAACGUUAGAGAAAUGUGUCACCCGUGUGCGGAGGAGGCGAGAGACACCAGCUUUAAUAAAACAGAUAAACCAUCAUGAUUCCCAUCACAGAGCUCCGGUACUUUGCUGACACCCAGCCAGCGUACCGUAUCCUGAAGCCAUGGUGGGAUGUAUUCACCGACUACAUCUCAAUCGUCAUGCUGAUGAUCGCAGUGUUCGGUGGUACACUGCAGGUCACGCAGGACAAGAUGAUCUGCCUGCCUUGCAAGUGGGUGGUCAACAGGUCAUGCGAGACCAUGCCCGUCCCAAACAUGACCACCCCGUAUGUACUGGAACCCAAAGGCAUUCAGUAUGACCUCGACCGUCAUCAGUAUAAUUAUGUUGAUGCAGUCUGCUACGAGAACGAACUACACUGGUUUGCCAAAUAUUUCCCCUAUCUGGUGCUACUCCACACCCUCAUCUUCUUGGCCUGUAGCAACUUCUGGUUCAAGUUUCCCCGCACAAGCUCAAAACUGGAGCACUUUGUCUCCAUCCUCCUCAAGUGCUUUGACUCCCCGUGGACAACGAGGGCUUUGUCUGAGACCGUGGUGGAGGAGAGCGAUCCCAAACCUCUCGGCAAAAUGAAUGGUUCGAUGGACAAGAAGGCUUCAUGUGUGAGCGAGGAUGUGGAAGCUAGCGUGCCCAUGCUUCAAAGAACAAAGUCCAGAAUUGAACAAGGAAUUGUAGAUCGCUCUGAAACUGGGGUUUUAGAUAAAAAAGAAGGGGAGCAGGCUAAGGCUCUAUUUGAGAAGGUGAAGAAGUUCAGGAUACAUGUAGAGGAGGGUGAUAUAGUCUACCGUCUUUACAUACGUCAGACUAUCAUCAAAGUAAUCAAGUUUAUACUGAUAAUUUGCUACACAGCCUACUAUGUACACUACAUCAGAUUCAGUGUAGUGUGUGCGGUAAACCUUAAGAAGCUAACAGGGUAUAGCACGUUCUCUUGUGCUCACCCGUUAGCAACACUUUUCAAGAUUUUGGCCUGUUUCUACAUCAGCUUGGUUGUAGUUUAUGGUCUUAUCUGCAUGUACACUCUGUGUUGGAUGCUCAGCCGCUCCCUCAAAAGAUACUCCUUUGAGUCAAUCCGGGAGGAGAGCAGCUAUAGUGACAUCCCUGACGUGAAGAACGACUUUGCCUUCAUGCUACACAUGAUAGAUCAGUAUGACCCUCUCUACUCCAAGCGCUUUGCUGUUUUUCUGUCAGAGGUGAGCGAGAACAAGCUGAGGCAGCUGAACCUGAACAAUGAGUGGACGUUGGAGAAGCUGAGGCAGCGCAUCACCAAGAACUCCCAGGAGAAGCUGGAGCUGCAUCUGUUCAUGCUCAGUGGGAUCCCAGACACAGUGUUUGAUCUGAUAGAGCUCGAAGUGCUCAAGCUGGAGCUUAUCCCUGAUGUAACUAUCCCACCAAUCAUUGCCCAGCUUUCCAACCUGAGAGAGAUGUGGCUCUAUCACACACCAGCUAAAAUUGAGGCUCCAGCUCUGGCUUUCCUGAGGGAAAACCUGAAGUCUCUCCACAUCAAGUUCACUGACAUCAAGGAGAUCCCUCUGUGGAUCUACAGUCUGAAGAACCUCAGUGAGCUGCACCUAACUGGGAACCUGAGUGCUGAGAACAAUCGAUACAUCGUCAUCGAUGGGCUCAGGGAGCUCAAAAGGCUCAAAGUGCUACGUCUCAAGAGCAACCUAACCAAGCUGCCGCAGGUAGUGACAGAUGUGGGCGUGCACCUCCAGAAGCUCUCCAUCAAUAACGAGGGUACCAAGCUCAUGGUGCUCAACAGCCUGAAGAAAAUGGUCAACCUGACGGAGCUCGAGCUAGUUCGCUGCGAUCUUGAACGCAUUCCUCACUCCAUCUUUAGUUUGCACAACUUGCAGGAGAUUGACCUGAAGGACAACAAUCUGAAGACAAUAGAGGAGAUCAUCAGCUUCCAGCAUCUGCAUCGGCUUGUGUGCCUGAAGCUGUGGUACAACCAGAUCGCCUACAUACCCAUUCAGAUCGGAACACUUACCAACCUGGAGCGGCUGUAUCUGAACAGGAACAAGAUUGAGAAAAUCCCCAGCCAGCUUUUCUUCUGUCGCAAGCUGCGCUUCUUAGACCUGAGUCACAACAAUCUUACCAGCAUCCACGCUGAUGUAGGCUUCCUCCAGAACCUGCAGUACUUCGCUGUGACAGCAAACAGGAUUGAGACUUUGCCCCCGGAGCUCUUCCAGUGUAAGAAGCUGCGUACACUGAAUCUGGGAAACAACUGCCUGCAGACGCUGCCAUCACGCUUCGGAGAACUCACCGGGUUGACCCAGCUGGAGCUGAGAGGGAACCGUCUGGAGUGUCUCCCGGUGGAGCUCGGCGAGUGUCGGCUGUUGAAGAGGAGUGGUCUGGUGGUGGAGGAGGACCUGUUCAACACGCUGCCAUCAGAAGUCAAAGAGCAGCUUUGGAGGGCCGAUAAGGAGCAAGCUUGAACCAAACCUCAGCGGUGAGCUGCAAAGGAGAAAAGUUUUAUUUGAGAAACAAACGAGAAGUGAUUUUGUUUAUAAAGAGAGGCAAACCUUGAGAGGUUUGCAGCAUUGUUGUCCAUGGGGGCUCAGACAAGGGAUGAGGCUUCCCUGACAGGAACUAUGAAAGCAUGGAUGUCAUACUUCAAGACCUCCAAGGAAUCUCUAAGUUCAUGAUCUUCAAGGAAAAAUCUCAUAACCAACCUUGGUGAUGAAAGGUGGUUUACUAAUGUGGCUUUUCUGUAAUUUAAUUCUAAAUAUCAAGCUGCAGGGAUGCAAGCAGGUGACGUCACAUAUGCAUGCCACAGUAGGACCUGUUUAAAGCAAUCCUGUUUAUUGGAAAGAGCCAAAAAACAGAAAAAAACUUUGCACGAUUCAGCCUUGCCAGUGAGCUAAGCGUGCUGACUAUCACUUCUUUGCUGGCCGUGGGAUACAUGCACAAAUUGAAGAUGCUCAUAGCAAUGUUUGCCUGACAUUCCUCUGGCCUUGAGAAUCUAAAUUUUACUUUUACUAUUACAUUUGCAGUUGCAGUGUAGUGUUACUGAGAAUACUGGCAGAUGUUAGAAAAAAUGAAUAGUGCAACUGACAGCCAGCUUGUUGAGGCAUGAAGGUUUGGCCCUUUUUGUUUUCUUCAGGCUCUCUGUACACUCAACGUGCUUGGAUGCAUCUUUUUAUGCGAACAAAAUGACUCUAUGAUGAAGAUCAUCCCAUAGGUGAUCUCACAGCUUAGGCCUUAACUUAGACUGAUGAAACGACAUCAAAGAAAAGCUGUCAUAUGGGAAACAAAUGGGAACAAACUCUACAGUACAAUGUCUAAAUACCCUGCAGUUGUUAAUUUAUAAUGUCGUCCUGUGGCCAGGCUUUUCGUUAGCUGUAUGGGAGCUGGGGAGCUUCUUCUUGGACACUUUAUUUUGCUUCACAAAACAUCAUGUCUUAUUUAGACAUGUAACCAAGCUUUACCUUGUUUUGCAUGACUAAACAUCACAUACAUUACUGAUGUGUCUUAUUAAGGUAGGUGAGAUGGGCUUUAUAUCAGUACAUUUGGGCCUAUUUAAACAAAGUCAAGAAUUUAUUUUGACUCAAAGAUACAAAUUUCUUGCUUUAAAACGCUAAUAUACACUGGUAUCAUGCUUGGGCCUGUGAAUGAGGCUGUAAUGUGAUUGGGUUAACACUCAAGUAAUAUGUGAUGGAAAUUAAGUG